AUGCGGUCGUCUCUCCCACACUGGACGGUCUUUCUCGCCCUCCUGGGCCUGGGCCUGGUUCAUGCGCACACCGUGAUUGUCUACCCAGGCUAUCGAGGCAACAACCUCCAUACGAACGGCACUGUCGAGGCCGCAGAUGGCUUGGGUGUCGCGGCCGACAGUAACGGGUCAUACAUCUAUCCGUAUGGCAUGCAAUGGGCCUAUCCUUGUACGUUUCUUACUCUCCCCCGUUCCAUGGAAAAACGAAGCUCACUGAUUAGGCGGCGGUAUGCCCACCUCGACAAAUCGCACCAAAUGGCCGGUCAACGGCGGCGCCGUCUCUCUCCAACCUGGCUGGUUCCAGGGUCACUCGACGGCCUUGAUCUACAUCAAUCUGGGUCUGGGCACCGUGCCCCCCAACAUGAGCCAUCCCAUGGUCUCCCCGUUCCAGAUCACCGGCCCGACCAACAACCCCUACCCCGGGACGAUCUGUAUUCCCCAGGUCCCCUUGCCGGCCAAUAUUAG